AUGUCCGCCAUCACCGAGACCCGCCAGUCCGUCUACGUCUCUGACGGCUUCUCUGAGCCCAUGGGCGCUCAACACAACUUUGCCAACAACUUCGACCUCAACGACCCAGAGCGUGCCAUGAGCGAAUACCAAAGAAUCAUGCACGAGCACACCAAGCGCCAGCUCAGCACCGCAACCGACUCUGCCCGCCGACGAAGCGGAAGCUCCAACGAAUCCGGAAGCUCCACCAGCUCGUAG